AUGUCACAAUUUAGACACUUUUCUAGCACAAGCAGGAGACUGCUAAAGAAAAAAGCAGGUGAGAUCUUUCGCGCACUGCCCAAGGUGCCGACUACGCAAUUCUUAGAGCCUCGUGAAUUGACGAGAGACAUUCUUUUCAGCGGAUAUCGCCCCAUAAUAUACCCAGUACGCGAGAAUCCGCUAUUCAAAGAGGCUGGGUUGCGUGAGAGACGGCGCGCGCAGCAGGCAGGAGGCGAGCAGAACAAAACCAGUGCUCAGGAGCCUGUACCCAAUAGCAUGGCGGGCCCACGUGGAACUGGCGGUGUCAGCUCCGGCGGAGUCAACGGCACCUGGCGUUACAACCCCCGUAUCCCCUCGAAACUGCUUCCAUACAACCUGUGGUCUGCGACAAGCAUGGCAAUGGAGUACCACCCGGAGUGGCUGGGCGUACCUCGUGCUGUGGUGAGUAAGUUGCGGCCUUUCGACACCCCAGCUGCGGCGGCCACGCUGAAUGCGCCCCAGAGGACGUCUGGCAGUUUGGGCGACGCGCUUGCCAAUAAGCAGAAAGCACAGAUUCGCAAGCGUCGAACGUCAGAGCGCUUCUCUGACAAGAAACUGGCCAAGGAGGUUGAGCAAUUCACGCGGUAUCUGCGUGAGAAGGACGGGAAUUGA